AUGACUUCCAAGGCGGAGCGCUUUGCCGCACUGCUGGGCACUUCGUCCAACACUCCUUCUUCUGCCAAUGGCGCAGCACACAAGAACGAUUUCUGCGAGACUGCUCCCAUGGGCAUGCAGUUCGUGCCUAUCAACGCUGUCUCCAAGUUCCCUUACAAGUACAUGAAGAAAUCACAAAGCGAGCCUGUUUCCAUUCAAUUCUUCGCCGGCGGCAAGUUCUGGGAACGUGAUUGGGAUUUGUAA